AUGAAGCUAGAAAUUCUAAAUCAAGAAACAAAAGAUGUGUACUGGAUUGCAUCUGUAGUUAUGACUUGUGGGGAAUUGCUAACUCUCAGAUUCUUUGGUUAUGGUAACGAUCGAUCUGCUGAUUUCUGGUUCAAUGCAAAAUCAGGAGAGUUUCAUCCAAUUGGUUGGUGUUCUGCUAAUAAUAAAAAGUUGUGGCCCCCGAAAGGUGUUUUGGAAAAAUGUCCUGAUGUCAAUACUUUGCUUUCGGAUGUUAAAAUUGAAAUAACUAAAGCAGAGAACAUCCCAGCUUUUAUUUCAAAUGAGCUUGAUGCUGGUAUAAUACCGAUUGAUCUAAUAAAGGUCGGAAUGAAAGUUGAAAUUUCUGAAGUUUUUAACCCACAAAACAUAUGGAUUGCAACUAUUUUACAAAAUGUUGGAGGACGUUUGCAACUGAAAUAUGAUGAACUGAAAUCUUCACAUGAAAAAUUUUGGUUGUUUUACCUUUCUGACCGAUUAUUCUCCAUAGGGCAUGUAGCUGAGCAUAACUUAACAUACUCUGCACCUAAAAUGUCUAUAGAUGAUUGUGGUUCAAAAAGAGAUAAAACAGCUUUGCUUUGUUGCAAUUCAAAUAGUCAACUCAUAUUUCCUGUUGGAUGGGCAGAAAAACAUGAACUUUGCUUAAAGGUUCCUCAUGGUUACACUGAUGCUUUCUCAUGGAAUGAUUAUCUUAAGCGUUUCAAAGCUUUUGCUGCGCCUGAAGAAUUAUUUUCAGAAAGCUUUGAAAAUGAUGAGUUUGAAACAAGUAUGAAGUUAGAAGCUGCUGAUCCUCUUCAUCCUGAAAAUAUAAAAGUUGCAACUAUUACAAAAAUUGUUGCUCCGCUCAUGUGGUUGCACUUUGACAGUGAUGAUAGUAACAGUUCUAGUUUCAUCACCAGCUUAAACUCACUUGACAUCUAUCCUGUUGGUUGGUGUGACACUAAUGGUUAUCCUUUACUCACUCCUUCGAUUAAUAAAUCAAAAAUUGUGGAAGAUAUUGCUGUGAAUAGGGCAGAGGAAACUAAUAUGAAGCUAAAAGUUACUGAUGUCCAAGUUCCUACUCACUCAGAGCAACAGUGUAAAUCCUGGUGUCCUAAAAUAUAUUUCAAUCACCGUUGCUUCACUGGACCUUUGCUCAGUAAAAGUAGAUUGGCGGAAUUACCACAAGCUAUUGGACCGGGGCCUGUUAAUUUAGUCAUGUUUGAUGUAAUCAGUCGUGUUGUAAAUAUUGCAUACAAAUCUAGUCGUGUUUUGCAAAUAUUGCAAGUUCAUGGGAAACCAUCUUCCGGAAUGCAUCAACAGGUGAUUAAAGCAAAAUAUAAAGGCAAGUCAUACAGAGCUACCAUAGAAGUAGUGAGAAAUAGUGAACAAGUCGAGGAAUUCUGUAAAAAUAUUUGUCUUAAACUGGAAUGUUGUCCACAUUUAUUUGGGCCUGUUCAUGUCGGAGAAGUUUGUCCAAGUAAAUGUCAUACUCAGACAAAAACAAAAUUUGGUUAUAACUUUGUUAAGAAACAUAAAAAACCUGGUAGGCCACCUCUAUCAUCUUCAGUAAGCUCUCUGAGCAACGGGGAGGUGGUAAAGAGAGGUCCUGGCAGAAAAAAGAAGCGGAAACACUGGACUCAUUUAAAUAUGUUGUCUGGGGAAUCUCAACCUGAAAAGAAACCCAAAUCUGUGGAUUCGAGUGAAACCGAUGAAUCUGCAAAACCGGAACCGAGCAAAAGUGAGGAUUCCAAAGAAAAAUUAGACAGCAUUCCUACUAAGAAAUUAAAGAUCACUCCAAGUUCAAGCAUCGUCACAAGGGGCGCAAAACUGCCUAAUUUUGGAUUGUGGCAUCAUGUUUCCCCCUUUCUUCCACGUCGGGGCAGACCUCGGACUAGACCAAUGAGACCCUUUCCACCAAGAAAAGUGGGUAGGCCCAUAGGCAGUACAAAGAAAGCUAUUGCAUUGCAGUUGAAUUCCAAAAAGAGUGAUGCUGAUGAUGUUCAAUCUGAUCACUCCAAUGAAGAAAAGGAAAAGACUGUUGAGCCUGUCAAGAAAACUUCCCACUUGAAAAGUAAUCCUUUGGAUUGGUCUGUUGAUGAAGUAGUUAAAUAUUUGCAAGAGACUGAGUGUGCUCCAGUUGCUCCUUUACUCAGAGAACAAGAAAUAGACGGACAAGCAUUAUUAAUGCUUAAUAUUGCAAAUGUUCAAGAGCAUUUACAUCUAAAACCUGAGCCAGCAGAGAAGUUUUGCUACCUUGUUAAGAAUUUGAAAAUCGAAUUCUUUACUCAUUUUGUGUCAUAAGUUACUUCCAUUCCAUCUCUGUUCUGUAAAUAUACAAUUUUAUGUUAAUUUAUUUUGUAUAAAUUUAUCCUUCUAUAUUUUGUUACAUUUACUACAUGUGAAUGAUGUUAAG